GGAGGAGGGAGAGCGGAGGAACCCUGGGCCGCCUCAGCGCUGACGCUCCCUGGGGGGCAGCUCCGUCUCCCCCGCCCGGGCCCGCUCCCGCCUGCCUCCCCUCCUCCCCUGGGUCCGGAGGGUGGGCCGGCCGCGCUCUGGGCCGGGCUUGGGGAUGACGCGCCCGGCGCGGGGAGGCUCCGCUCGCUCGCUCGGAGCCCAGCCCCUGGGAGGGAGGACGGCGCGCGGGCGCUCCUGGUGCGGCGGCGGCUGCGGCAGCGGAGGCAGCGAGCGACGUGGCUCGGCGAGGCGGCCGCCCACUGCUCUGCCUGGGCGUGGGAGGGGGCCGGGCCGGGGCGCGGCGGGGCGGGGCGGGGGCCGAGCCUUCCCCCUUCCCGGGCAGCGAGAGCAGGGGUGGGAGGGGGCCUCACCUGACCUGAGCUGACCGCUCCCGCGCUCCGGGACGCUCCCGGCAUCCCCGGCCCCGCCCGCCCGCAGGGGCAUGAGGGCGCCCCGCUCCCGAAGGCGGCCGGCCCAGCAGCCCUGGGCCCCCCGACCCGGCCAGGUGGGUGAGACCAUGUAGCGCAGCACAGGCUGAACGGAGACUCCCGGAGCCUCGAGUGAGGGUUCCCUGGGCUCCCCUCCACCUGGCGCAACAACUUCACGAUGUCCAAGAAGGGCGGUAGCAGCCGAACCAAGGGGGAGAAGCCCGACGCCUUAGCCGCCUUGCAAGCUGCCAAUGAGGACCUCCGGGCCAAGCUCACAGACAUCCAGAUAGAGCUCCAGCAAGAGAAGAGUAAGGUCAGUAAGGCCGAGCGGGAGAAAAACCAGGAGAUCCGGCAGGUGAAAGAGCACGAGCAGCACAAGAACACCGUGUUAGUGACGGAGCUCAAAGCCAAGCUCCACGAAGAGAAGAUGAAGGAGCUCCAGGCCGUGCGCGAGGCGCUCCUGAGGCAGCACGAGACCGAGCUGCUGCGCGUCAUCAGGAUCAAGGACAACGAGAACCAGCGGCUCCAGGCGCUGCUCAGCGCGCUCCGCGACAGCGCCCCGGACAAGGUCAAGACCGUGCUGAUCUCCGAGGCGCGGGAGGAGGCCAAGAAGGGCUUCGAGUUCGAGAAGAUCAAGAUGCAGCAAGAGAUCUCCGAGCUCAAGGGGGCCAAGAAGCAGGUGGAAGAAGCCUUGACCUUGGUCAUCCAGGCCGACAAGAUCAAGGCCGCGGAAAUCCGGAGCGUGUACCACCUUCACCAGGAGGAGAUUUCCCGCAUCAAGAGAGAGUGUGAGAGAGAGAUCCGCAGGCUGAUGGAGGAGAUAAAGUUUAAAGACAGAGCAGUCUGCGUGCUGGAGAGAGAGUUAGGGGUCCAAGCCGGGCAUACUCAGAGACUUCAACUCCAAAAAGAGGCUUUAGAUGAGCAGCUAUCUCAGGUCAAAGAGGCCGAUCGGCACCUGGGCAGCCCCAAACGAGAGCUUCCUUAUGGCAGUGGUGCAGGAGACGCCUCAGACCACUCGGGAAGCCCUGAACAGCAGUUGGAUGAGAAAGAUGCCCGACGCUUCCAACUUAAAAUUGCUGAGUUAAGUGCGAUCAUAAGGAAGCUGGAGGACCGCAAUGCUCUGCUUUCUGAAGAGAGAAAUGAACUGCUGAAGCGCCUGAGGGAAGCAGAAAGCCAGUAUAGACCCCUGCUAGACAAAAACAAACGCUUGAGUCGAAAAAAUGAAGACCUCUCCCACGCUUUACGGAGAAUGGAAAACAAGCUGAAGUUUGUGACGCAAGAGAACCUAGAGAUGAGACAGCGAGCUGGCUCCAUCAGGAGACCGAGCUCCUUAAAUGACCUUGACCAGAGCCAAGAGGAGAGAGAAGUGGACUUCCUGAGGAUGCAAAUGGUAGAGCAGCAGAACCUGAUAGAUGAGCUGUCCAAGACCCUCGAGACGGCAGGAUACGUGAAGAGCGUCCUGGAACGGGACAAGCUUUUAAGAUUCAGGAAGCAGAGGAAGAAAAUGGCCAAACUCCCCAAGAAGCCGGUCGUGGAGACGUUUUUUGGAUACGAUGAAGAAGCAUCUUUGGAGUCCGAUGGUUCCUCGAUCUCCUACCAGACGGACAGAACCGACCAAACUCCCUGCACACCGGAUGACGACUUGGAGGAGGGUAUGGCCAAAGAAGAGACGGAGCUGAGAUUCCGCCAGCUGACCAUGGAGUACCAGGCUUUGCAGCGCGCGUACGCCUUGUUGCAGGAACAAGUGGGAGGAACGUUGGAUGCAGAACGAGAAGUUAAGACUCGUGAGCAGCUCCAAGCAGAAGUGCAGCGCUCCCAAGCGCGAAUAGAUGACCUGGAGAAAGCCCUGGCUGAGCAAGGACAGGACAUGAAAUGGAUAGAAGAGAAGCAGGCUCUCUAUCGCAGAAAUCAGGAACUCGUUGAAAAGAUAAAGCAGAUGGAGACAGAGGAGGCGCGGCUCAGGCACGACGUCCAGGACGUGAAAGAUCAAAACGAGCUCUUGGAGUUCCGGAUCUUAGAGCUGGAGGAGCGGGAGAGGAAAUCCCCGGCCAUCACCUUUCACCACACACCUUUUGUGGAUGGGAAAAGCCCUCUCCAAGUUUACUGUGAGGCCGAAGGAGUCACGGACAUCCUUGUGGCGGAGCUGAUGAAGAAGCUGGACAUUUUGGGGGAUAACGCCGUAAGUAACCUGACCAAUGAGGAGCAAGUCAUUGUCAUCCAAGCAAGGACAGUGCUGACGCUGGCUGAGAAGUGGCUCCAACAGAUAGAAGUGACCGAGUCUGCCCUGCAGCAAAAGAUGGUGGAUCUGGAGAAUGAGAAGGAGCUAUUUAGCAAGCAGAAGGGCUACCUGGAUGAAGAGCUUGACUACAGGAAGCAAGCUCUGGACCAAGCACACAAGCAAAUCCUGGAGCUGGAGGCCAUGCUUUAUGAUGCCCUUCAGCAGGAAGCUGGGGCCAAGAUGGCAGAGAUCCUGUCGGACGAUGAGCGGGAAAAGCUGAAGGUGGCGGUGGAGCAGUGGAAACGCCAGGUCAUGAGCGAGCUGCGCGAGCGGGAUGCCCAGAUCCUGCGGGAACGCAUGGAGCUGAUUCAGCACGCCCAGCAGAGGAUAAAGGAGCUAGAAGAGAGAAUCGAAGCCCAGAAAAGACAGAUUAAGGAACUGGAGGAAAAGUUUUUAUUUUUGUUUUUAUUUUUCUCCUUAGCUUUCAUCCUUUGGUCAUAGUCCACCCGGGCGCCCAGCCGCAAGGGCUUCCAAAAGAAGACGGACGACCCCUUUCUCUCCUCGGAACGGACAGCGACGGUCGCCAAGGCAAACCCCCGGACGUUAGGACCCUCGCUUCUGACUCUGUCUCCUGAUUCUGUCCCCGAAGCCAGAAGAGGAUUUAUUCUCGGUGACCUCCUCCUGGAGCGGCAGGGAGAGAGAGAGGGUGAAUUCCAGCUCGGCGGCUCUUCCUCGGCGCCCGCCCCCGGGUGACCGGCCGCUUUCCACGAGCCAGAACCCCCGGAACAGCCUUCAGCUCGGCUGGAGGGCGAUGUCCUCCUCCUGGUCCCUGCCGUGCAGGGAGUUCCCCCCCGCUCCUCUCUUUCUGUCUCUCUCUGCUUCUGUACAGAAGUGCCCACCUCCUGUGCGCUAUGUUGCACAUCCCUGCUACUUGUUGUAACACAAAUCUCGAAGGAAGGACGCUGGAAAGAAUGGGACCUCUGGCCGCCAAGGGUGGGGCGGGAAGGGAUGCGUGUGUCGGGAAGAGCGAAGGGAGACGAGAUCCCUCCAUUUUGGAAUCCCCAGGAACAGGGGGCCGCCUCCUCUCCUCCUCACGAGAACGGGCGAAUGGAACGGGCCACACUCCUGCUUGCCACGUGGCCCGGGGCAGCCGGCAGGGAGAGCAGCCGGGCGAGGAGAGCUGCCGCCAGGUGCUGACCGUCCCCGGGUCGUCUGACGACCCCGGCUUCCAAGAUUAGGCCUAACAAGGGGGCUCAUACCGGGUCCUUAGAUAACAAUUACGGUCCAUUCAAUUUUGACCUGUGUCCCCCAGCCCAACAUGCUCCUGUGCCCCCAAGGAAGGCAGAGCAACGCUGAGCCGGGGGCAAAGAGCAGGCUGGGAUGGAACCGGCUCCAGGAAAUUGGGCAAGUGAGUGGACUCCUGGGGGGUGAGCAGGGAGAGAACACUGACCAAUGCAAGGCCCGAGAACGGCAAGGCCCGAGAACACCGACUGAUACAGGGCCCGAGAACAGCAAGGCCCGAGAACACCGACUGAUACAGGGCCCGAGAACGGCAAGGCCCGAGAACACCGACUGAUACAGGGCCCGAGAACAGCAAGGCCCGAGAAUUCACACUGACUGAUUCAGGGCCCGGGAACGGCAAGGCCCGAGAAUUCACACUGACUGAUGCAGGGCCCGAGAAGGCCGACCGACGCGAGGCCUGCCUUGGGUGAGCCACCCAAGACAGUGUCUGAGACAGAGACGCAGGAGCCACGAGGAGGCUCCCUCCCCACCCCCCCGGCCGCAGUGCCCGAUCCCCAACCGGCCCGGCCAAGGCGGGAUGUUCCAGGUCCGGCAGAGAAGGCCCGUCACCUGACACUCAGAGCGCCCUUCCCCAGCCCGUGCUCCGCUACCCAGUCUCCCCAUGGAUUCCUCCAGGAGGAGCAGGAGAAACACCCUGAUCUCCCCAGGAAGUUCGGAGGAACCCUGCCGACGAGCUGAGCGAAGAGCCAACCAGCAAGUUAUUGCAGCCCCUCCUCCCGGGUGUGGCUUCUCUUCCAAGCCGGCCGUCUCAGUCCGUCUCCUGGGGUUUUCUGCUGUCCCACGCCACUCCUCAAAACUUGGAGGAAACAUCACAUGUCGGAGCUGAUUCCUUUUCCACCUUUCCAUCUUUCAUCGGUUUGACAAUGUAGGUCCCACUAUGGUUUCUAUGUGUGGGAUCUAUUUUAAGGAAGCCAGAAGACAGCACAUGGAUGUUAAGCUUUAAAAAAAAAAUCCUGUGGCAGUUGGAACAUUGGGUGUUUAGCAUGCAAUAGAGUGCGGAUCAUUUAGACUUUUGAAUGGACUAGGAAAGAAAGGCAACCUGCAUGAAUAAGUGAGUUUUAAGUUGGGGAUUAGUGAAGGGGAAAGAAGAUGGAGUUGCUUGAAAGUGUUUGAUGUGAAAUAUAUCAAUAUUAGAGACUGUUUUCUGCUCAUGGUAUGAAAAUCCACCUGAAUUGGAUAGGAUUGGAAUUUCCCAGGGUUUGUAUCAGAAGGAAGUCUACUGACCCCUGUCUGUACCGAGGACUGAAGUGUAUCUUCUUUGGUGGGCGCAGGAUGACGAUUGGGGAAAUGUACCAUUAACAGGUCUAUAGAUGAGAAGGGCCCAUACCUUUUGGUUACCAUUCCACACCAUUUAUCCCCCACCCCAUGACAAAUUGCUCACACUGUGAGUGCUUUCAUAAGUGCUCUUGAUGUCAUAGUUUCAUAUUUCAAGGUAUCCUUAAUGUCCCAGUAGGUUGGAUUCUACUCACUCCAUCAGCCUCUCACAUUUGUUUUGCUUAGAGCUACAGUGAAUGCUGUUCCCUUGGAAGCUGAGCUGCUCUGGAACUCUUGGAUUGAAAUUCAGUGGAAUGUACUAUGCAGGCAUUUCUAAAUAGGCCUUAAAUUAAAUGCCCACCAGGUAGCCCUAGUUUUCUUCUAGGGGAGCCCAGGGGCUUCAGUGCUGCUAUUUGCCGGCCCCGCCGUGGGUCUGUAUGAGAGCGUUUGCUGCCCCAACCAGUGUCAGGACACGUGUCUGAAGUGAGCUGAAGUACAUUUCAUUUUUCUUUACCUGGACCAUGAUUUUGCAUGUUGUAGAUAUGUCUAAAAUACUCCUUUCUCCUGCCCCAUAACUUCACUCCCAUAAGCAUAGCUUUUUUAAAAAUUAAAAAAAAAGUUAACUGUAUAGGAAAGAGAAGCAUGUAAAUAAGUCUUGAUACUUAUAAAAAUGUCGAUGUUUAUAUGUAAAAAGGUAUGUAUAUAGAAAAGACAAACAAACAAACAAAAAAGGCUGGUUGGAUGUUUUCAGAGAAUAGCGCCCCCAACCCAAGGCUGCUAAGUGGCCACUCUGGAUCUUUUCUGAGGCCCAUCUGGUUUAUUCAAUACAGCCUCUUCUGUUGCCCAGUACAUGGAUUUCAUUGCAUUCAUUUGAAGACCUCAUUCUUGCUCAUGGGUACGUGCACCCUUUUCUUAAUCUUAUUCUCCAAAUGGGAGAUUUUUUGGGGGGAAGGAUUUUUCCUUUCUUCAUGGACCUUUUGGGAGCCUCGUGUUUCCAGGAGCAACUGCAACCCCUAUUUGUAUUUGUAAAUCAGGGUGCGUCUCCCAGAUUCUCGUUUUAACUUUUAUUCACAGGCAGGAGGAGCUGGAUUGACAUUUCUCUCCCCUUUCCCACUACAUACACAUCUGAAUCGAUUACUAAUAUACUAAAUGCUUUCUUUGGGAACUUGAGAAACCCGUGCAAAUGUAUUUCUUCUAAACACAGUUCCUGAAAAGAUGCUAAAGUCACCUGAAAUAUUUCAUUAAGAAAUGUGAACUGCAUACUCAUUAUGGUCACUAUUCCCAAGCUUUGUUGAGAUACAAACAACACUUGUCUUCCUGAGUUUGUCUAAACUAAAGCCCGAUUAAAUUGCAGCGUCCUUUGCUGUCUGCUGGGUAUUUGAGAUCUAUGCUCUAAGGGUCAGGCCGGUAAAGGCCUGUGACUAGGAUUUAAAGGACCCCCUCUAGAAAUAUCUAUAGCCUUCAGUAUGGCCUCGAGUGCCUUACACAGCUCAUCAGCUGGGAUUCUGGUAGUUAGGAAUCUGCCUGAGGGUCUCUGUGACAGUUUAAAAGCAAGUACAAUUGUCAUCAUGUGGAAACCUUAAGAAUUAGCAUAUGUUUCAGCCCACAUAGAAGGGAUUUAGUUUAAACUCAGGAAAUCAUAGUGUGAAUCUGUGUAUUAAAUUAUGGGUUUAUUGACUAUCUUUUUUUUUAAAAAAAAAGCUUUAUUGUACAUUUAUGCGAGUUCUGAGUUAUAGAUCUUGUUUUCUCAUGAUAAAUAUGCCAUGACUUAUUUGCAUUUUCUCGGGUAAUAUCUUAAUAACCCCAUUCUUCAUAUCUACUUGUUUGUUUAGCGCUAUGACUGUCAUUUGCAGGUCUAAAAGAGGACUGGAUGUUGAUCAGCUAUGAAAUUUUACACAUAUUUUUGUAUUGUGAUUCAUAUGAUAUAUCUGAAAAUUUCUAUUCAUUUGUAAAAUAAUAAAUUAUUGCAAACUUUUUAAUAAAAAGUUUGAAAC